AUGCAAAAUCUGUUCAUUGUCGUUUCUCUGUAUUUGAAGUUGCCUGCUAUAUGUUUCCACUAUUUGCAUCUUGAUCCCCAGAAUCAGGUUCUCAUGGAACCCAAAAAUGCGCUGGGCAAACAGUACAAGAAGCUGUUUGGCAUGAACAGUGUUCAAUUGCUCUUUACUGAAGGAGCUACCAGGAUGAUUGCAAAGAAAGCGAUGUCCAAGAACACCGGUGCGCGUGGCUUACGAUCUCUAUUAGAAAGUAUUCUCACGGAAGCAAUGUUCGAGGUACCGGACAGCAUCACAGAAGGGUCUCAUGGUAUAAGAGCAGUUCUGGUAGAUGAAGAGGCAGUUGGUUCGGUUGAAACACCAGGGUGUGGUGCAAAAAUUAUCAAGAGAAACGUUGAGCCGGAACAUUUCGUCCAAGAAACAGAGUCGAAAGACUUCGAGCUUGAUGUUUGCAGGACAGUAGAAGGGAAGAUGAGGCAAAAAGAGCUCACAGUUUGUAACUGAACCGACAUUAGAUUUGCCAAUGUUCGAGGUUAUCGCAUCGUAUUCAAGCAGUUAAACCGGCGAAGCGUUCCCCUGGAAAAUCCGAGUUGGAGUUCUACGAGAUUACUCGGAUAUUCUCAUAGCGUCCUUGAAGAAUGAAGGAAUAAGCCUUUGUGACGGUAAAGAUUCAAGCUUUUAUCAUAAUAAGCGAAUAGUAACUCUAUGCAUCUCAUGACUGUCAAUUAUAUGCUUUGUUUUCAGCUUCAUGCUUGUAUUUGUACAAGUCCUCUUUUGGGUUUCAAUUCACAUUCUAUGUUAUGUGUAUCUCCGUUAUAGAUAGAGGAUCUGUAAAUGGUUAUGACAAGACACUUUCAAAGCUUGUCGGCAUUUGAUAUAA